CAGGGUCCGGAGGAGCAAUGGUCACCCGGGAUCGAGCUGAGAAUAGGGACGGCCCCAAGAUGCUGAAGCCGCUUGUGGAGAAGCGGCGCCGGGACCGCAUCAACCGCAGCCUGGAAGAGCUGAGGCUGCUUCUGCUGGAGCGGACCCGGGACCAGAACCUCCGGAACCCGAAGCUGGAGAAAGCGGAGAUACUGGAGUUCGCCGUGGGCUACUUGAGGGAGCGAAGCCGGGUGGAGCCCCCGGGGGUUCCCCGGUCCCCAGUCCAGGACGCCGAGGCGCUCGCCAGCUGCUACUUGUCCGGUUUCCGCGAGUGCCUGCUUCGCUUGGCGGCCUUCGCGCACGACGCCAGCCCGGCCGCCCGCGCCCAGCUCUUCUCCGCGCUGCACGGCUACCUGCGCCCCAAACCGCCCCGGCCCAAGCCGGUAGAGCCGAGGCCUCCAGCGCCGCGCCCAUCCCUGGACCCCGCCGCACCGGCCCUUGGCCCCGCGCUGCACCAGCGCCCCCCAGUGCACCAGGGCCCCCCUAGCCCGCGCUGCGCAUGGUCCCCAUCCCUCUGCUCCCCGCGCGCCGGGGAUUCUGGCGCGCCGGCGCCGCUCACCGGACUGCUGCCGCCGCCACCGCCGCCUCACAGACAAGACGGGGCGCCCAAGGCCCCGCCGCCCCCGCCGCCCGCUUUCUGGAGACCUUGGCCCUGAGCCUUGGGGGUUGGUGGGGGCGGGGUCUAGGGGUGGGGUAGAGACUCCAGCCCGAGGGCAGCAGAGGGACCCGGGCGUCCGGGCGAGCAGGUGUUGGGGAGGGCGGCGGGGCGCGCUUGCUCAGUGCGCGGGUGAGAUGUGGUCUAUAUUAGAGUAUCUAUAUAAAUAUAUAUUUCCCUGGUUCCUGUCCCUUUUCCCUGCCCCAACUUCUUCCUUGCGUCUAGGAUUGUACUCUCUCUGCCCCCGAGCCCAGUCCCAGUCCCUUCCCGAGUCCCUAGUGCAUGGAAUAAAGUGGUUAUUAAAUCCCCGUGUGUCCCCGAGCCAGGGGCCUGCCUUUAUCUCGACGUCCACGCCCACUUUCCCUUCCCUUCUGUCUCCCACCCUCAGUCCUGCUCUCCAUGGCCCAAGCCCCGGGGCAGACAGGUAAGUAAAGAAGAGAGCAGAGCGGGAACUGAGAUCGAAAUAGAAACCAGGUGGAAAAAGAGAGAGAUAGGGUAGGGGGAGAAAAAAACGGAUGAAAGGAAAAUUUGAAAUAAAAUCGACUCUGGUGGGAUUCGAACCCACAACCUUUGAAUUACUCUAAUUCGUCACUAGAAGUCCAAUGCGCUAUCCAUUGCGCCACAGAGCCACCUGGCGGGCGGCGGCAUCAUCUAGCUUACCGGUACUAGAGUGGGAAAGGGGCAGGGUUGGGGGAGUGGGGGGGGCGGACAUGCCAGGAACGCGCGGUUUGGAUCGCAGAGGCCAAGCCAGGUAGAGGGAGCGGGCGCAAAGCAUGUUAGCCAGGUGAGAGCGAGGGUGAACAUAGGUCGAAAAAACAGGGAGGGAGAACAACGGAAAAUGGGUGAGCGAGCGAGUGCAGAGCUCCGGCUGCCCGCUUGGGGGCUGUUUCCGGCUCAGGCGCUCCCCACUCCCAGAUGUAGUCCCACCCAAAUAAACUAGUUUUGUUGUAAA